CUUUAUCAGAUGGAGAAAUUGAACAAUUGGCAACAUUCAUGGGACAUACAUCAGGAGUACACAGAAAUUCAUAUAGACUUCCGGAUGACGUCUACCAAACUGCAAAAAUUUCAAAAUUACUUAUGGUAAUGGAAAAAGGUGGGGCAAAUGAAUACAAAGGUAAAUCGUUAGAUGAAAUAAACAUAAAUAUGGAAGAGGAUCCCUUAGAUAAUAAUAGUGAUGAGAGCGAAAUUGAUGAACCAGAAGAACCAAUAGUACAUACACUUGAACCAAUAAGCAGUCGACAUGAAGUUCCUUUGAAAAGUAAGCCCAAUAACAUUUUAAACAUGAAAUUAAAAACACAACGUAAACUUGUUCCUUGGACAGAUGAGCAGAAACAAGUUACCAUUGAUUUCUUUAAAAAUCACAUAUAAGAAAAAAAACCACCCAAAAGAAUCGAAUGCGAACUUCUAAAAUCUAAAUAUCCAGAAGUAUUGCACAACAAAGACUGGCUAAAAUUAAAAGUAUUUGUACA